ACCAAUCCAAGCUGUUCUCCAAGAAAGCAAGUCUUUUCACCAAACAACAAAACACUGCCUUUGGUUUCUUUAUACUAAAAACAAACUAUUCACAGAGAGAGAGAGAGAGAGAGAGAGAGAUUUUUAAUGAAGAAUAUGUGCUUUUGAAAAGGAAAUCAGAAGUCUAUGGAGAAGAGAAGCGAAGAGCAACAACAACAAGGACUAGUGAAGACAGAGAAUUUGAUCAACUCUUCUUCUUCUUCUUCAAUAAGAAACUCAGCUUUAUUGAAUGAGAUAAUGAUGCCUAGUGUUCCUCCUUCAUCUUCUGGUUUUGGCUUACAGAGCUUCUUUGACAUGCCAUCUGAAGCUUCUGUUGCUGAUAAGGGGUACUUCAGUAACUUCACGGACUUGCUUGGAACUGGAGGAAGUGGUCUCUCGCAAGAUUUUGGUUCUUCUUUAUACGAUUUGUUUCAACAACCUACGAUUCUUCCACCUCCACAAUCAUCAUCAUCGCUUCCUUCACCGACUUUUCCGGAAUCCUCGGAAGUGUUGAACAAUCCGUCAACGCCUAAUUCCCCCUCCAUCUCUUCCUCAUCUAAUGAAGCUGGAAACGAUGCGGCGAAUAAAGCUGAAACUAACGAAGAAGAGCAGGAACAAGACAAGACCAAGAAACAGUUGAAACUGAAAAAGAAGAACCAAAAAAGGCAAAGAGAACCGAGAUUUGCGUUCAUGACAAAGAGUGAAGUGGAUCAGCUUGAGGAUGGCUACAGAUGGAGAAAGUACGGCCAAAAAGCUGUCAAGAACAGCCCUUAUCCCAGGAGUUACUAUCGUUGCACCACUGCAGGAUGUGGAGUAAAGAAGAGAGUAGAGCGAUCAUCUGAUGAUCCUUCAAUCGUAGUCACCACCUACGAAGGCCAACAUACGCAUCCAUGCCCAGUUACACCUCGAGGAAGCAUCGCGAUUUUUCCAGAUUCAUCGGGAUUUGGUGUCGGGAGUUCUCUUCUUCCACAUCACCACUAUCAUCAACAUCAACAGCAGCAGCAACAACAAGCGGCGGUGGCUGCAUAUGUUUACAACCAAACGCCCCCGUUGAAUAUUAGCUCUAGUUCUACUACUUUUCUUCCAGUGAGAAGAUUCGGUGGUGGUUCUAGUUUGCUGAGAGACCAUGGACUUCUGGAGGAUAUUGUACCGACCCGGGUGAGAAAGGAAAGUGAUCAACGUGAGAAGGAUCAGUAGAGAAGAAUAUUGAUGAUUUGUAUGUUAUCAACUGGUAUGUAAUUCUCUGACUGUCUUGUGGGGUUUAGUAUUCGAUUUUAGACUUUAGAGAAGAACCCACUUUCCCAUUUUGAUCUCUCGCGGUCCUUUAAUUCUAUUUGUAAAAUGAAGACUAUUCAUAGUUCCUUAAUUAGCUGGUUCUUAUUGGGAUUCCUUCUCUCUUUUAUCGUAUUCUUUGUAUCCAGAGAGAUUAUAUGUAUCCCAUUAUUAUGGAGGUAUAUUCUUGAGUUGUUUCUAAUUUCUACCUUUUGUCA